AUGGCGACACGAGCCACCACGGCGGGACACACCUCCCACAAGCAGCACCACCACACCGCAUCUCAUCUCAUACAUCCUCAAAAUCAUCGCUGCAAUCCAAGCGCUGCCUCGCCCACGGACAUAAAUAGUCGCUGGAAGAACAGACAGUUGAAAGGUAGAAAUGACCACGCGCCUCGUACAGAUUUUUCAUCUUACAUGAAGCCGACAUGCGGCUGCCAGCAGCCAUUUCGACCAAGCACACCCUCUUCCUUCUGCCAAUCCGAGAUUGACGAGAAGCAGAUGAACAUCACCGAUACCUGCCACAGUCCGACACCGGAAUUGCCCCUCUUCGGGGAACAGCUCGAUGAAUUACAGUACUAUUUUCAAGCGCCAUCUCUUCCAUUGACCAUGUCAAACGUUGCAAUAAUAGACACCUUAUUCCAGCACACCGAGACCACGGCCCACGACGCUAUUCUCGGCGCCCCGUCAAGUUUGGAAGCGGCUAGUUUUGGCUCCCAGAGAACCGCAUCAAAAGCCUUACAAAUCAUUGAUCAAGUUGAUCUAUCAUCGCCGACAGAUUCUCUCAUGGCGUUCGGGAAUUUGAGGACUCCCUGGCCUUUGGAAAGCAUGGCACGACGCCUUGAAGAUGGUUCUUCAAGUACCCCAGACAUGGGACACCUGGGUUCCACCGCCAGCGUGCUAUUCCUGCCCCGGGCAACUUUCGCAACGGUUCUCCAUCCCAUCGACCCCGCGAUCCGCUGUCGCAAGUGCUUAUUAGGGAAGUUGAGAGGAUCUCUCGACUUUUCCGAUCUUUCUGACUGCCCUUGCGUGACGUUUAUUCUGCUCAAAAUCACGAUCCACAGCAGCGUCAUCACCGCGAUGUACCGGACCAAGUUUCGCAUGGUUUAUGGUGCAGACUUCAGGGCUCACUGUUCUCAGGAUCAUACGAUUGAUGCGCACCUAGGUGACGAAUCAUCUGGGCUAAAGCAACACGAGAACGUCCAUGCCAGGGCACUCAAGUGGUGCGGGAUUGACAGCGCGACGGCUCGGCCCCCAUCUAUGCAUCACAAGCCAAGAUUCGGGCGUCUUUGUCAAGAGCUUGAGUUGGCCCUUUGCGAUGGGAUACGUCAGCGCCAGCUACAACUAGAGUACCGCCCUUUCCAAGUCAUGGUAACGAUCUUUGGUCAUCCUUACAGUGUUUUCGCCUUUCAACUUUUGUUAACUUUCCCACGAAAAGCUGAAAGGCCCACUACCGAUCAAACUUUUCGAUCGAGCGGGUUCUCGGUGUUUGAAAUGGAGACAAUCAAUGCGCUGUCUGGACCAAACCCGAUAGACUUAAGAGAGCGCAGAUUCCCAAUGGCCUUGCCGACUGUCUAUGAAAGCAUCCGGUUAGGUGUACGUCAGGGAUUUUGGGUAUCCGAAUUAGCCAUGGCUAGUCACAAUUCGAUAUUCAAACUUUCAUCCUAUGCUUCGACACGACCAAUGGUUCAUCAUCUGUACCACUGGAUUGAGCGUAUCAUUGUGUUCGCACAUGGGAACGGCCAAGCCGGCGCGUAA